AAAUCUUGCAGAAAUUUCAGAUCUGUACAUUUUUUUUCCUUUUUUGUUUUCUCUUUGACUCUCAGCGCUCAUCUCCAUUUCUAGGGUUCCACAUAGAGGGAGAAGAAGGAAGGCGGUGAAGAAGAUAGAAAGGGAAGGGAGAUGGAUGGAGAAGCGCCACUGCCGGACGCCGACACGGUGAUGUCCGACGCGGUACCGCCGCCGGAUCCGCAUCACCAGCAGCAGCAUGCCCCGGUGCCUGGGAUGGAGAAUAUUCCGGCGACGCUUAGCCACGGCGGCAGAUUCAUCCAGUACAACAUCUUCGGGAACAUCUUCGAGGUCACGGCCAAAUACAAGCCUCCGAUCAUGCCCAUAGGGAAGGGCGCUUACGGCAUCGUGUGCUCGGCUCUGAAUUCGGAGACGAACGAGCACGUGGCGCUAAAGAAAAUAGCGAAUGCGUUCGAUAACAAAAUCGAUGCGAAGAGGACGCUUCGGGAGAUCAAGCUUUUGCGGCACAUGGAUCAUGAAAACGUUGUUGCAAUUAGAGAUAUUAUACCACCACCUCAGAGGACAGCAUUUAAUGAUGUUUACAUUGCAUAUGAGCUAAUGGAUACUGACCUUCAUCAAAUCAUUCGUUCCAAUCAAGCACUUUCAGAAGAACACUGUCAGUAUUUUCUCUAUCAGAUCCUCCGUGGGCUGAAAUAUAUACAUUCGGCAAAUGUUCUUCACAGGGACUUAAAGCCUAGCAAUCUCCUCCUGAAUGCCAAUUGUGAUUUGAAAAUAUGUGAUUUUGGGCUAGCUCGUGUCACCUCUGAAACUGAUUUCAUGACAGAAUAUGUUGUUACGAGAUGGUACCGAGCUCCAGAGCUGUUGUUGAACUCUUCAGAUUACACUGUGGCCAUUGAUGUAUGGUCAGUAGGUUGCAUUUUCAUGGAAUUGAUGGAUCGGAAGCCUUUAUUUCCUGGCAGAGAUCAUGUGCAUCAGCUACGUUUGCUUAUGGAGCUGAUUGGCACCCCAUCAGAGGCUGAGUUGGGGUUUUUGAAUGAAAAUGCAAAGAGAUACAUUCGGCAACUUCCUAUUUACCGUCGGCAGACAUUCACUGAAAAGUUCCCACUAGUUCACCCUGAAGCUAUCGAUCUUGUUGAAAAGAUGUUGACAUUUGAUCCCAGGCAGAGGAUUACAGUUGAAGAAGCCCUAGCACAUCCCUAUUUAACGUCUCUGCACGACAUCAGUGAUGAGCCUAUAUGCACGACUCCCUUCAGCUUCGAUUUUGAGCAGCACGCACUGUCCGAAGAGCAGAUGAAGGAGCUCAUCUACCGAGAGGCACUCGCAUUUAACCCUGAGUAUCAGAACUAUUGAUUAAUCCUGCUUCCUAACUAUUGUGGCUUUGAUUAGUGUGGUUUCUGCGCUUUUUAAUCAUAUGCUCAUGAUUUCCUGCUGUAUAUAAUUCCUAUCCUAAACCUGGAUGGCCCCUAAAAUUAAAAUGUUCCAUUGUGAUCAGACUUUGGGUGACUGAAACAAUUGAAAUGGUGUUUGCUUUGUUCA